CACAACAGAUGGAGAAAAACCAAAAAUUCUUCUUUACUCACUGAGCCUGCAGUUUAAGGGAAUUCAAGUGACAGCUACAACUCCCUCGAUGCGCGCUGUGAGGUUUGAAACGGGAUUGAUAGAACUUGAGCUCUCCAACAGACUGCAAACCAAAGCAAUGCCUGGAAGUAGCAGCUACCUCAAACUGUUUGGAAAAUGCCAGGUGGAUUUGAAUCUGGCUUUGGGACAGAUUGUUAAACAUCAGGUUUAUGAAGAAGCUGGUUCAGACUUUCAUCAAGUUGCCUAUUUCAAGACAAGAAUUGGACUAAGAAAUGCUCUCAGAGAAGAAAUCAGUGGCUCAUCAGACAGGGAAGCUGUGCUCAUUACUUUGAACAGACCCAUUGUUUUUGCCCAGCCCGUGGCCUUUGACAGAGCUGUGCUGUUCUGGCUGAACUACAAGGCGGCGUAUGACAACUGGAAUGAGCAGAGAAUGGCUUUACAUAAAGAUAUUCACAUGGCCACAAAAGAAGUGGUAGAUAUGCUGCCUGGAAUCCAGCAAACCUCUGCACAGGCUUUUGGGACACUGUUCCUUCAGCUGACUGUCAAUGACUUAGGAAUUUGCCUGCCCAUCACAAACACACCCCAGUCUAACCACUCUGCAGAUCUUGACACUGGCUCUGCUUUAGUCCUGACUAUUGAAAGCACACUCAUCACUGCCUGCUCUUCAGAGUCUUUAGUUAGCAAAGGUCAUUUUAAAAACUUCUGUAUCCGCUUUGCUGAUGGCUUUGAGACAAGUUGGGAUGACUGGAAACCAGAAAUACGAGGAGAUCUAGUCAUGAAUGCAUGUGUUGUGCCAGAUGGUACCUAUGAAGUUUGUUCUAGGACAACAGGACAAGCUGCCGCAGAAAGUAGUAGUGCUGGAACCUGGACCCUGAAUGUGUUGUGGAAGAUGUGUGGUAUUGAUGUCCACAUGGAUCCAAACAUUGGGAAAAGACUGAAUGCACUGGGCAACACCCUCACAACGCUGACAGGAGAGGAGGAUAUUGAUGACAUCGCUGACCUCAACUCUGUGAACAUAGCUGACCUCUCAGAUGAGGAUGAAGUUGACACCAUGUCUCCCACUAUACAUGCAAAAUCAGGUGGAGGUUCCUUGGGUGGAGAUGCACGCAAGCUCACAUUUGGGCAGAGGAUUGUAAAUCACCUGCUGGGUUUGAGCCCCCCAACCCACCGAUACUCUGUUCCUGUAGAAUAUCUCUUGGGCUCAGCGAAGCGGGAUUUGCUCCAGUCUAGCAGAGCACAAAUGAAAGCAGGCAGAUCCUGCUCAUGGGGACAUGAAAUUGUUGAUCACCGGCGGCAGGGAUCCUCCAGUAUCCAAACUGGAGAACAGCGAGGAAGGAAAUUUAUGAAACGUUUAGUUGAUAUCAGAGAACUCAAUGAGCAAGCUAAAGUCAUUGAUGACUUAAAAAAAUUAGGAGCAAGUGAAGGGACCAUAAACCAAGAAAUUCAGCGCUAUCAGCAGCUGGAGUCGGUGGCUGUCAACGACAUCCGCAGGGAUGUCCGCAAAAAGCUCCGCAGAUCCAGCAUGAGGGCUGCUUCCUUGAAAGACAAGUGGGGUCUCAGCUACAAACCCAGCUACAGCCGCUCUAAGAGCAUUUCAGCAUCAGGCAGGCCACCUCUGAAGAGAAUGGACAGAACAAGCUCUCGACUGGGAGACAGCGAAGACCUCCCAGAUAUCCGUGUGGAUGCUGCAUCCCCUGGGCCUAGAGUAACCUUCAACAUACAAGAUUCUUUGAAUCAAACAGCUUUGGGGAUUGCACAACAAUCCAUCUGUCCAGGGGAAGGGUAUUUUCAGUUUCCAGAGGAGACAGAAAUGGACCUUUUGUCCGUAACUAUUGAUGCUCCCUCCCAUUACUCAUCUACUAGUGAAGGCUCAUGCUCGGUAUUUGGUUCACCCAAAACUCCAGUAGUCUUCUCACCCGGCAUUCCCUUCCAGCCUGAAGAAGGACGCCGGGAUGACAGCUUAUCCUCCAGCAGUGAGGACUCGGACAAGGAGGAUGACCAUGACAGGGAGAGGACGUACUUUUAUAGGAAACCACCGAGCACCUCUCGCAAGAAAGCCACGGGCUUUGCCGCUGUCCACCAGCUGUUCACCGAGCGCUGGCCAACAACACCCACCAACAGGAGCGUCACUGGCACCACCACGGAGAGGAACAUUGACUUUGAGCUUGAUAUCAGGGUUGAAAUUGAUUGUGGCAAGUGUGUGCUGCACCCCACCAUGCUCCAGCAAGAGCAUGACGACAUUAGUUUGAGAAGGAGCUAUGAUCGAAGUUCCAGGAGUUUGGAUCAAGAGUCUCCUUCAAAAAAGAAGAAAUUUCAAACCAAUUACGCAUCUACUACUCACUUACUGGCUGGCAAGAAAGUGCCAUCAUCUCUACAAACAAAAUCCAGUGAUGUGGAAACAACAGUGUUUUAUAUUCCUGGGGUGGAUGUAAAGUUGCACUACAACUCCAAGACCCUAAAGACUGAAUCGCCAAACACUUCUCGAGGAUCCUCUCUGCCACGCACUCUUUCCAAAGAGUCCAAGCUGUAUGCCAAAGGGAAAGGAAGUGGUGGAGUGAAAACUGCUAAACUUUAUGCAUGGGUUGCACUCCAGUCACUGCCAGAGGAGAUGGUGAUCAGCCCGUGCCUCCUGGACUUCCUGGAGAAAGCUCUUGAAACCAUUCCUAUUACACCUAUUGAAAGGAAUUACGCAGCUGUUAGUUCCCAGGAUGAAGACAUGGGACAGUUUGAUAUACAAGAUCCCUUAGAAGAGUCCACAACAUCCUUAGUGUCAUCCUCAACAUCAGCAUAUUCCUCCUUCCCUGUCGAUGUGGUGGUUUAUGURCGAGUUCAGCCCUCUCAAAUCAAGUUCAGCUGCUUGCCAGUAUCCAGAGUUGAAUGUAUGCUGAAGUUGCCUUCCUUGGAUCUUGUUUUCUCUUCCAACCGAGGAGAACUGGAAACUUUAGGCACCACAUACCCAUCAGAAAGYGUGUCCAUUGGUGGCAGUACUUCACAGAGUGGCUCCAAGAAUUCAGUCAGUAAAUCUGGAGCACCAGGUUCAUCACCUGGCCUGGGCAGCCCUCUGGGCAGGACGCGGCACAGCAGCAGUCAGUCAGACCUGACCACUUCCAGCAGCAGCUCUUCAGGCCUGAGCUUCACUGCCUGCAUGUCUGACUUCUCCCUCUACGUGUUCCAUCCCUAUGGAGCUGGCAAACAGAAAUCAGCUGUUACUGUGCUGACCCCUGGAUCGGGAGCCCUGGGUAAUGUGGAUGAGGAGCCAACUUCGGUCACUGGCCGGAAAGAUUCCUUGAGCAUCAACCUGGAGUUUGUCAAAGUCAGCCUGUCACGGAUCCGGCGUUCCGGAGGCUCCUCCUUUUUUGAGAGUCAGUCUGCAAGCAAAGCUACCAGCAAGAUAGAUACCACACUGAUCAACAUAUCUGCUGUCUGUGACAUAGGAUCUGCUUCAUUCAAAUAUGACAUGCGCCGCCUCAGUGAGAUCYUGGCCUUUCCCAGGGCUUGGUACAGGAGAAGUAUUGCUAGAAGGCUUUUCCUGGGUGAUCAGACAAUAAAUCUGCCAGCAUCGGGCCCUGGAACACCAGAUUCAAUUGAAGGAGUGAGCCAGCAUCUUUCUCCUGAAUCCUCACGGAAGGCAUACUGCAGGACGUGGGAGCAGCCCUGCCAGUCUGCUUCCUUCACUCACAUGGCACAGUCACCCAAUGUUUUCAGUGAGCACAGUGCCAGCAGCAGUAUGUCCCCUGGGACAGCAUCCCACAGCCUCAAGUCUCCAGCUGUCACAAGAUCCAGGAGCGUGUCUGACUCUUCAGUGCCUCAGAGAGAUACUCUCUCAAAAACAUCAACUCCAUUUAAUAAGUCAAAUAAAGCUGGAAGCCAGCAAGGAACACCUUGGGAAACACUAGUUGUGUUUGCUAUGAAUCUAAAACAAUUAAAUGUUCAAAUGAACAUGAGCAACGUAAUGGGCAAUACCACGUGGACCACCAGUGGUUUGAAAAGUCAGGGCCGCUUGUCUGUGGGAAGCAGCAGAGAUCGGGAGAUCAGCAUGUCUGUGGGCUUGGGGAGAUCCCAGCUGGACUCCAGAGGGGGAGUUGUUGGAGGUACCAUAGAUGUUAACACCCUGGAGAUGGUGGCUCAUAUUUCUGAACACCCAAACCAACAGCCCAAUCAUAAAAUUGAAAUAACUAUGGGUUCUACUGAAGCACGUGUUGAUUAUAUGGGAUCCAGCAUCCUAAUGGGAAUCUUCAGUAAUGCUGAUCUUAAACUACAGGAUGAAUGGAAAAUUAAUCUGUAUAAUAAUUUGGAUUCGAGCAUGACUGAUAAAAGUGAGAUCUUUGUCCAUGGGGACUUGAAAUGGGAUAUCUUCCAAGUGAUGAUUUCAAGGUCGACUACACCAGACCUGAUAAAAAUAGGAAUGAAACUCCAGGAGUUCUUCACUCAGCAGUUUGACACAAGCAAGCGAGCUCUGUCCACRUGGGGGCCUGUUCCUUAUCUCCCUCCCAAGACAAUGGCAAACAACUUGGAGAGAAGCUCACACGAGCAAUUGUUGGAUGCAGCCCAUCAUCGCCACUGGCCAGGAGUUCUGAAGGUGGUGUCUGGGUGCCACAUAUCCCUGUUUCAGAUGCCACUGCCAGAAGAUGGGAUGCAGUUUGGAGGAUCCAUGAGCCUGCAUGGGAACCAUAUGACCCUGGCUUGUUUUCAUGGUCCUAAUUUCCGUUCAAAAUCAUGGGCCUUAUUUCACCUCGAAGAACCCAAUAUUGCAUUUUGGACAGAAGCCCAGAAAGUUUUGGAAGAUGGAACCAGUGAACACUCCACAUACAUUGUGCAAACCCUGGACUUUCAUUUGGGCCAUAACACCAUGGUCACCAAGCCCUGUGGAGCCCUGGAAAGCCCCAUGGCCACCAUCACAAAGAUAACACGGCGCCGCCAUGAAAAUCCCCCYCACGGGGUGGCCAGUGUGAAGGAGUGGUUCAAUUAUGUGACAGCCACAAGGAAUGAAGAGUUGAACCUUCUUCGGAAUGUUGAUGCCAACAACCCAGAGAGCAGCACAACAGUGAAAAGCUCAAGCUUGUUAAGUGGCUUCAGGGGUGGCUCCAGUUACAACCAUGAAACUGAAACCAUCUUUGCAUUGCCAAGGAUGCAGCUGGAUUUUAAAUCUAUCCAUGUUCAAGAGCCCCAAGAGCCUUCAUUACAAGAUACAAGUGUCAAACCAAAAGUGGAAUGCAGUGUAGUAACUGAAUUUACAGACCACAUCUGCGUGACUAUGGAUGCUGAACUGAUCAUGUUUCUGCAUGACUUGGUGUCUGCUUAUUUAAAAGAAAAAGAAAAAGCYAUUUUUCCUCCUCGCAUUUUGGCUGCUCGUCCAGGCCAGAAGAGCUCUGUUGGUGUCCUUGAGGACAGCUCCACUGACAAAGAGGCAGAGGAAAGCAUUACCUACACUACAGUCGACUGGAGGGAAUUUAUGUGCAAUACUUGGCAUUUGGAGCCCACGCUCAGAUUAAUAUCCUGGACUGGGAGGAAAAUUGAUCCCGUUGGUGUUGAUUACAUCCUCCAAAAGCUGGGCUUUCACCAUGCAAGGACUACUAUCCCUAAGUGGCUGCAGCGUGGUGUCAUGGAUCCUUUGGACAAAGUUUUGUCAGUCCUUAUAAAGAAACUUGGUACUGCACUACAGGAUGAAAARGAAAAGAAAGGAAAAGACAAAGAAGAACAUUAAAAGUACAAUGUGACAACCCUAACUCCAUUUGAUUUUAUCAAAGUGUUUUAUUAUAUUUUAAGAACUUAAAUAUGGUUUAAAGAGAAACCUAACAGCUUUUUGCUACUCUAUUUAAAACUUACAUUGUGAGUAACUGUUUACUGUGGUACUUGAUACCAUUCUGUAUUUGAAGUUAUUGCAUGAUGAUGAUGAUGAUGAUGAUGACCAAUGUAUAUUCUGUGAAGGAAUAGCUGGAACACUGUAAAUCUGCUCCUCAGCGUCCAUUUUAUGAUGUGCAAUAUGAUCCUGCAUCUUUACAAUACUUGCAGAUUAACUGUGAAUUUUCCUAAGAUUUUAUUUGCCAUAACACAAACCCCCUCGUUGAUGUGACCAGUAAUUGAUUUGUCAAUGUAGACUGGUGUAAAUUAUAUAUAUAUAUAUAACUUAUGAAACUGUGAUUGCCUUAGUGCUAAAAAUCAUGAAGUUUAUUACACUUGUAAUAAAAUUUGACUACUGUA